CCCCGCUGAGGAGGAGGAGGAGGCGGCUCUGAGGGGGCUCCGGACAGAUCCUCAGCCACGUCCCUCUGUGCCGCUCGGCCCCGUCGGGAUCCCCGCGGGAACCCAUGACCUUCCCUGCCAGGAGCUCACAAUGACAGAGGAAACAUGCAGGACUCGGAGUCAGAAACGAGCCUUGGAGCGGGACGUGACCCCCAACGAUGUGGACAGUAAGAAACUCAAAAUGGAGAAAGGACUCUUGGGGACGGAGCUGAACUCUGAGGGAGACAUGAAAAUCAAGGCAGAGCCCGGAGCUGGCAAAGUGCAGGGACUGUUAAAGGCUGGAGAGGUGAAGGCGACCAUCAAGGUGGAGGUUCAGACGGGGGACGAGCCCGUGGACAUGAGCACCUCCAAAAGCGAGGCGAAGCGGGAGAGGAGGGUCCCGUCCCCGGACGUCAUCGUGCUGUCGGACAACGAGCCCUCGAGCCCGCGCGUGAACGGGCUCACCAAGAUCGCCCUCAAGGAGACCAGCACCGAGGCCCUGAUGAAGAGCAGCCCCGAGGAGCGGGAGAGGAUGAUCAAGCAGCUCAAGGAGGAGCUUCGGUUGGAAGAGGCAAAACUCGUCUUGUUGAAAAAGUUACGGCAAAGUCAAAUCCAGAAGGAGACCACGGCUCAGAAGCCCGCUGGUUCCUCUGGGAGUGCUGUCACCCCUCCGCCCUUGGUGCGGGGACCACAGAGUGUUCCUGCUGGGAAACCCUCCCUCCAGACCUCUUCCACACGGAUACCGGGCACUGUGAUCCCUCCUCCCUUGGUCAGGGGGGGGCAACAGGCGUCUUCCAAGCUGGGCACUCAGCAGAACACGCAGAUCGUGAUGCCCCCCCUGGUCCGAGGGGCCCAGCAAAUCCACACGAUCCGGCAGCACUCCAGCACGGGGCCGCCCCCGCUGCUCCUGGCGCCGCGGGCGUCGGUGCCCAGCGUGCAGAUCCAGGGCCAGCGGAUCAUCCAGCAGGGCCUGAUCCGCGUGGCCAACGUGCCCAACGCCAGCCUGCUCGUCAACAUCCCGCAGGCCUCCCCCACCUCCAUCAAGGGCCCGGCGGUGAGCUCGGCCCAGGCCAAUUCCGCGGCUCCCGGCGCGUCCCUGGGCGGCUCCGGCGAGUCCCCGGCCAGCAGGCAGGCCGCGGCCAAGCUGGCCCUCAGGAAGCAGCUGGAGAAGACCCUGCUGGAGAUCCCCCCUCCCAAACCUCCCGCCCCGGAGAUGAACUUCCUGCCCAGCGCCGCCAACAACGAGUUCAUCUACCUGGUGGGGCUGGAGGAGGUCGUGCAGAACCUGCUGGAGACACAAGGUGAGGGAGCUGGGAAUGCUCCCCGGGGGGCGGGAGAGGAGCGUUCCCACCCGGAUCCGGGCUCGGUGUCGGGCAGGGAUGAGCUGCAGGGGGUGCAGGGUUGAGUUGACACGUUCCUGUGGAA